AGAUAUUCGUCAACCGCUGCUGCCCCCAGGCUCGCGUCCUUUCCCUCUGCUCCUCUAGCGCUGCUCACCCUCCCUCCCUCCGGCUUCUGCGCUUUCUUACUCCUCUCUCAGCUGCUUAACUACAGCUCCCACUGGAACUUGCACAAUCAAAAACAGCUCUCCUCUCCAGCAGCCUCCAGAGCGCAUCACCUGGAGCAGGGUGACUGGUUCGCCGCACGCGCCGCAGAGCAACCAGGUAGCUGGGGAGCAGGGAGGGGACACCCCUCUCCCGCGCUGGAGCCGCGGGCGCAUCGCCUCGGAGCUUCCUUGGAUCCGGCCAGCCAGCCCCGGGCUCCUGUAGCAAUGAUGCAGACGUCGCGGAGCCACGAUGGCAAGAGAAAACCCCCCGCCGGUGGCCACUGAAAGCGGGGAGGGCUUGCUGCAGUGGCUGGUGCUGCAGAAUGUGUGAGUGAGGAGCGGAGCCCCGCUCCAUUCUCCAACCCCCUCUGUCUUCUUUAACUGUCUCCAGGAGGGAACCUGGCGAAACAGAUGCUCUAAGCAAGCGGGGGCCACCCUGGAUCUAUAACUGUGAACUCCCUACUGUGGAAAAUGGUAAACAAAGACAUGAAUGGAUUCCCAGUCAAGAAAUGCUCAGCCUUCCAAUUUUUUAAGAAGCGGGUACGACGAUGGAUCAAGAACCCAAUGGUCAGUGUGGACAAGCAUCAAAGUCCCAGUCUGAAGUACACUGGCCCCUCUGUGGUACACAUCCCUCCUGGGGAGCCGGAUUUUGAGCCUUCCAUGUGUCAGACGUGCCUGGGAGACCAUUCUUUCCAAAGGGGAGUCCUCCAUCAUGAGAAGGAGUCAUGUUCAUGGGAAACCCAAUCUGGGAGUGAAGUAAAAGAACCAUGUAAUCAAGCCAACAUCCUGACCAAGCCUGAUCCAAGAAACUUCUGGACUAGUGACGAAUCAGCUUUCAUGAAACAGAGAAGGAUGGGUCUGAACGACUUUAUUCAGAAGAUUGCCAACAACUCCUAUGCUUGCAAACACCCUGAAGUCCAGUCUAUUUUGAAAAUCUCCCAACCUCAAGAGCCUGAGUUUAUGAAUGCCAACCCUUCUCCUCCACCAAGCCCUUCUCAGCAAAUCAACCUUGGCCCAUCGUCCAAUCCUCAUGCAAAGCCAUCCGACUUUCACUUUUUAAAAGUAAUUGGCAAAGGAAGUUUUGGAAAGGUUCUUCUAGCGAGACACAAGGCAGAAGAAGCCUUCUAUGCUGUCAAAGUUCUACAGAAGAAAGCCAUCCUGAAAAAGAAGGAGGAGAAGCAUAUCAUGUCCGAGCGGAAUGUUCUCCUGAAGAAUGUGAAACACCCUUUCCUGGUGGGCCUUCACUUCUCUUUCCAGACUGCUGACAAAUUGUACUUUGUCCUAGACUACAUCAAUGGUGGAGAGUUGUUCUACCAUCUCCAGAGGGAGCGCUGCUUCCUGGAACCACGGGCUCGUUUCUAUGCGGCUGAAAUAGCCAGUGCCUUGGGUUACCUGCACUCUCUGAACAUCGUUUACAGAGACUUAAAGCCAGAGAAUAUUUUGCUAGAUUCGCAGGGACACAUUGUCCUGACUGACUUUGGGCUCUGCAAGGAGAACAUUGAACACAAUGGCACGACCUCCACCUUCUGCGGCACACCUGAGUAUCUGGCUCCAGAAGUGCUUCAUAAGCAGCCUUAUGACAGGACUGUGGACUGGUGGUGCCUGGGGGCCGUUUUAUAUGAGAUGUUGUAUGGCCUGCCUCCUUUUUAUAGCCGCAACACUGCUGAGAUGUAUGAUAACAUUCUGAACAAGCCCCUCCAGUUGAAGCCAAACAUUACAAACUCUGCAAGACACCUCCUGGAGGGCCUCCUGCAGAAGGAUAGGACAAAGAGGCUUGGCGCCAAGGACGACUUCAUGGAGAUUAAGAGUCAUGUCUUCUUCUCCCUAAUUAACUGGGAUGAUCUCAUUAAUAAGAAGAUUACUCCCCCUUUUAACCCAAAUGUGAGCGGGCCCAGUGAUCUGCGGCACUUUGAUCCCGAGUUUACUGAGGAGCCUGUCCCCAGCUCCAUCGGCAAGUCCCCCGACAGCAUCCUCAUCACAGCCAGUGUCAAGGAGGCGGCCGAAGCUUUCCUGGGCUUCUCCUAUGCGCCGCCCAUGGACUCUCUCCUCUGAACCACCCUGGGUUGCUUCCGAAGGACUUUUGUGUAUUUUUCAAUGUUGUAGUUAGCCUUUUGGCAGAGCUGCCAGCUGACAGGACAUCUUAAAAGAGAAUUUGCACAUCUCUGGAAGCUUGGCAAUCUUCCUCGCGCACUGUUUGCUGGAAGCUUAUCGAAGAGCACACCUCCUUUGUAGUGAGCUCCUGAGUUUUCACUUUCUUCUUCCUUCCACCGUGGUGCUAUCUCUGAAACGAGCGUUGGAGCGCUGCCUUAGACAGGUGCGGUAGUUGGUUAGAAGGAAGACGCUGUUCUAAAGAAGGACCUUCAGAGGGUCUGUCUGGGCUGUGACACUGACGAUAAUGAUAUGUGCCUUUUCUGAUGAGAUCAUGUGAGCUUCAAAGCUGUACCUGUGGCAGAGCGUUGCAGUUCUUUAUUUUUCCCCGUGGGUUUGCUUUGUGAGCCCUGGUAUGAGUGGUUGUGCUUGAUCACAGAUGGGUGGAGUUGUAAGCAUCAAUGUGACACUUGCAGGACACUACAACGUGGGACAUUGUUUGUUUCUUCCAUAUUUGGAAGAUAAAUUUAUGUGUAGACUUUUUUUUUUGUAAGAUGCAUACUUAAUAACUAAAAUUUAUUGAAAUGGUCUUGCGAUGACUUGUACCCAGAUGCUUAAAGAAAGCAUUGCUGCUACAAAUAUUUCUAUUUUUAGAAAGGGUUUUUAUGGACCAGUGCCCCAGUUGUCAGUCAAAGCCGUUGGUGUUUUCAUUGUUUAAAAUGUCACCUGUAAAAUGGGCAUUAUUUAUGUUUUUGUUUUGUUUUGUUUUGCAUUCCUGAUAAUUGUAUGUGUUAUAUAAGGAGAGUCUGUACAUUGAGUUAUAACACUAGUAUAUUUAAAUUUCCAGGCUUAUUUGUAAUGUAAACCACCAUUUUAAUGUAUUGUAAUUAACAUGGUUACAAUAUGUACAAUCCCUACCCCCUUCCCCACCACACAACUUUUGUGUGUGUGUGUGAUGGUCCAAUUUUGGUUUGCAAUAAAACCUUGAAAAAUAUUUACAAAA